CAGUUAACAUUCCAGUUUGUAUUAAGUGGAACAACAAGACUUGAGAUGAUUGAUGUUUCAAGAACACCGGAGUUCUCCAAUUGUGGAAACAUGAAUUCAAUCUCAAUUCAUACAUCCUCUGACCAAGACCUGGACUCUGUGGCAGGAGGCAGAAGCAGGCAAAGGUCUCACUCCUGUAACAGUUCAGAGGAAAAUAAAAACUAUGAUGAGCGGAGACAGGCAGAGGACACCUUUCUUAGACCUCGCUCCAGGUCUUUUUAUGACACGCCAGAGCCUGAGAAGUCCAAUCUAGGAAACUUUUCAAGGUCCUGUCCACUGAGGCAAAGGGCAGGCUCCCUACUCCAGUAUCAAGUGAACAAAAAGGAAAAGAAGGCAAAGACUAAACCAAACAGGCGCUCACCAACAAGAGAACUUAAUGGCAGUAAAGGUAAUCUCAAGUCUGUGUCCAUGAUGACCAUCUCUGAGUCGGACAAAUGGGAAAUUUGCUCCAGCUCGGGAAUGAAGUACGGACAGUUUGUGGACUGGGAGAAGAUUGACCCUGAAGCCGCUAUGAGAUACCAACGUAUCCUGAAGAGUGAUCACCAGCAGCUAAAAACUAUGGCCCGAGAAGGAUUUUGGGCCAUGCCCCAUACACUAAGGGCCAAGGCUUACUAUCACAUUAUCCACAGCAUCAAUUCAAGUCGGACUGUUACUCCAGACAGAGAUGUCCACCAUGAACUGAACAAGGAGCUCUUUGGAGAACAAAAAAUCAGCACCCAUCCAGUCCCAGAUUACAUGGAGGCUGGAGAUAUACCAAGAUACUGUCUCAACAAAGCAGGACUGAACUCAGUUAAAAGGAUUCUCCUUUGCCUUGGUAAAUGUUUCCCAAACAUGAAUUUCUGCCCUAUCCUGCCUGAACUGGUCUCCCUCCUCCUCCACUUCAGUGAGGAUGAAGCAGAGUGUUUUCACAGUGUGUCCAGACUCAUCUGCUACAAUGACCCAAACAAACGUUAUAUCGACCAGACCUUCCUCACAUAUCGUGCUUCCUGCAUGACCUUUGGAGACCUUGCUAACAGAUGUUGCAGAGGCAUCCGUAAGCUGAUCGCCAGCUCUUACCAGAACCUCUUUGACUUUUACUCUGACUGGAUCAUGUGGAUAUUCGCUGACCUACCAUUCACUUAUGCCAUUAGAGUGCUUGAUGUCUAUCUAUUGGAGGGCUACAAAGUCCUCUACAGGGUGGCAUUGGCUUUGCUCAGUCUCUACAAAGUGUCUGUGUCAUCUCGAGUGGCCGACGUGGAGGACUUCAGAACAGAUAUGAAAAGGUUUGUGGAGAGUGUAGCUCGCCACUGCACAGCCGAGAAGCUUCUGGAGAUGGCCUUAAUGAUUCCUAUGGCCACGCGGAGAGAGCUAAACCUCCUGUUCAAUGCCAAUAAGGACGCCCUCAUGCAAAAAGGUGUCAGCAUACACCAGAAGAGGCAGUCUGUUGAGAUGGUGGACUUUAACAACUUCACCUCCAGUGUUGUGACAGUGGCUUCGAUGAGAGUGGUGUGGGCCUGGAUACCUGAGCGCUUUGCCCUUUUCAGCCCCAUUAAGCUGUUUAGUACAGCUGAACAUGGAAGAAGCCUUGCUUCAUUAUAUUCACAUGUCGAAGGUCAUGAGCCAGCACUCUUGAUCAUCAAAACUGUGGAUGAAGAGGUCUUUGGUGCCUUCCUGUCAACAGAUGUGAUAGAAAGAAAAAAGCAUGACUCUGAGGGACUGACAUAUUUUGGGACUGGGGAGUGUUUCGUCUGUACGAUUCGUCCCAGCAAGGAGCGCUACCAGCAGGCCAUGGUAAACAUAAUGACCAGAAGAGUUUCCCCACAGCAGGUUAGAGACAGCAGCUGUGCCUCCUCUCAGUUAUCCAAUUGUGGCUGCUCCCCAAUCACCACAGGCAGCACAACUCUGACCUGUCCUGCUGGAACCCCCCAGGACCCAAGCUACCUGACCAUCCCCUUUACCGCCCCAUCAGAGGAACCCACGACUGCCAAAGAGUCAAAGAGACCCAAAGAACAAGAAGCUUCCAUGUUCAUUGCAGGCACUGACAGUCAGCUCAUAAUUGGGGGUGAUGGAGGCCACGCACUCUGCCUGCAGGAAGAUCUCAAGGGUGGAUAUUCAGAGGCCUGUGACACAUUCAAGAGCAUCGCACUCUACAAGGGUCAUUUCAAGAUCCAGGCCCUUGAAGUGUGGGGCAUACAGAACUCUAUUUCCUUUUCUCACAGUUUUCUCUGAGUAGAAAAAGGAAGGAGCUUGUAUUACUUGGUAAACAGCAAUAAGUGUUUCAUGAUGUUUGUUCAUUGGACUCAGAUUUGAUGUCAAUCUCCAAUAUUUAUUAUGUGAAUACACAUAUUGAGUGAGAUUUUAUUAAGUUCUUGUCUACAUGUCAUGUUAAUUUGUCAUACAUCAUACACUUUUUACUGGACUUUACAAGCCCAUAUAAACAAUAGUUUAUAUCUCAGGAUGGCUCCAAAAACACAAGGGAAGUUGAGACAUGUGAGCUACCAGUAAGCAUGUGACACAAUUUGCAGUCUAGCUACUUCUUUUGAAGAACCCUACACAUGGGUGUAAAUAGAAGCAUUUUUUUAUUUUACAGUUGAUCUGCAUUUGGUGAACAAUUAAACGUCAUGCACUUAUAUAUUAAUUAUAAUAUGUGAUGAUCAGUUCAGCUGUUUUUCUUCUUCUUAUCAAUGUGUUAUAACAUAUUAAGAUAUGACAUGUUGUGAACAUUAUCGAUUUACUGUGUUAUGGGGUUCAAAUUAAAUAAAUGUAAUACUGAAACAA